GAGGCCGGCGGGAUGGAGGCCGUGCCCCGCAUGCCCAUGAUCUGGCUGGACCUCAAGGAGGCGGGCGAGUUCGGCUUCCACCAGGCCGUCAAGAAGUUUGUCCUGAAGAACUAUGGUGAAAAUCCAGAGAACUACAAUGAAGAGUUGAAGAAGCUGGAGCAGCUCAGGCAGAACGCCGUCAACGUGCCCAGGGACUUCGAAGGCUGCAGCAUCCUGCGCAAGUACUUUGGGCAGCUGCACUACCUGCAGAGCCGCAUCCCGAUGGGGUCAGAGCAUGAGGCAGCCGUCCCCAUUACCUGGACUGAGAUCUUCUCCGGCAAGUCGGUUACGCACGAGGACAUCAAAUACGAGCAGGCCUGCAUCCUGUAUAAUCUGGGCGCAUUGCAUUCCAUGCUCGGAGCAAUGGACAAAAGGGUAUCUGAGGAGGGCAUGAAGGUCUCCUGCACCCAUUUCCAGUGUGCAGCGGGGGCGUUUGCUUACCUUCGGGACCACUUCCCUCAUUCCUACAGCGUAGACAUGAGCCACCAGAUCCUUAACCUCAAUAUCAACCUCAUGCUGGGCCAAGCCCAGGAGUGCCUUCUGGAGAAGUCAAUGCUGGACAACCGGAAGAGCUUCCUUGUGGCCAGGAUCAGUGCCCAGGUGGUGGAUUACUACAAAGAAGCGUGUCGAGCUUUGGAGAACUCUGAAACAGCCUCCCUGCUGGGGAAGAUUCAGAAGGACUGGAAGAAGCUGGUGCAGAUGAAGAUCUACUAUUUUGCUGCCGUGGCCCAUUUGCACAUGGGCAAGCAGGCGGAGGAGCAGCAGAAGUACGGGGAAAGGGUCAUCUACUUCCAGAGUGCUCUGGACAAGCUCAAUGAAGCCAUCAAACUGGCCAAGGGUCAGCCUGAAACGGUACAAGAAGCCCUGAGGUUCACCAUGGAUGUCAUUGGAGGAAAGUACAACUCUGCCAAAAAGGACAACGACUUCAUCUACCACGAGGCUGUCCCUGCUCUGGAUACCUUGCAGUCGGUGAAAGGCGCACCUCUGGUGAAAGCCCUUCCCGUCAACCCCACAGACCCGGCUGUCACAGGCCCUGACAUUUUUGCCAAGCUGGUUCCAAUGGCUGCCCACGAGGCCUCCUCGCUCUACAGCGAAGAGAAGGCCAAGCUGCUGAGAGAAGUGAUGGCCAAGAUCGACGCCAAAAAUGAAGUCCUGGAACAAUUCAUGGACUCGUUGCAGCUGGACCCCGAGACGGUCGACAACCUGGACAUGUACAACCACAUCCCGCCCGUCUUGAUGGAGAAAUGCGCAGCACUCAGCGUGCGCCCAGAGACCGUGAAAAACCUUGUCCAAUCCAUGCAGGUGCUCUCUGGUGUUUUCACGGACGUCGAAGCGUCUCUGAAGGAGAUCAAGGACCUUCUGGAUGAGGAUGAGGCCCAGGAGCAGAAGCUGCAGGAGGCACUGGGGGGGAAGCUGCCCCCACAGGGCUCCCCUCCCACCCCGCCCUCCUCCGGGCUGGCGGAAGUGGCCAAGGAGUGGGCCAAGUACAUGGAGGUUCACGAGAAGGCCAGCUUCACCAACACCGAGCUCCACAAGGCCAUGAACCUGCACAUCAGCAACCUGCGGCUGCUCAGCGGACCCCUGGAGCAAGUGAGGGCCGCCUUGCCCACCCCCAGCCUGACUGAAGACGACCAGCAGGCGAUGCAGACCCUGAAGAGGAUCCUGUCCAAAGUGCAGGAGAUGAAGGACCAGCGGGUCUCCCUGGAGCAGCAGCUGCGCGAGAUGAUCCAGAAGGACGACAUCACCACCUCGCUGGUGACGACGGACCGGUCUGAGAUGAAGAAACUCUUUGAGGAGCAGCUGAAGAAGUACGACCAGAUCAAGGUCUACUUGGAACAGAACUUGACUGCCCAGGAGAACAUCCUCAAAGCCCUGACGGACGCCAACGUCAAAUACGCGGCUGUGCGCAAGGUCCUGGCAGAGGUGGAACACAAGUGGAACACCUCUCUGCAGACACUGGUGGCUUCCUACGAGGCUUACGAGGACCUGAUGAAGAAAUCCCAGGAAGGGAAAGAUUUCUACGCCGACUUGGAGAGCAAAGUGGCCAAACUGCUGGAGAAAUCCCGGACUCAUCCAGGCCCCCAUCUCGUGCCCUCCCCGGCGCCCUCCCCACAGCCUUCCCUGACCCUGCCAACUCCAUCUCUCCUGCCCCCCUCGGGGCCUCUGCCGCAGCUGCCCCCCUCCUCUCUUGCGCCUGGCGGUGCUGCCCCACUGGCGCAGGGCCCCUCGGAUGCCUCCCGCUUCCCCCGGCAGAACUCUUCCACCGACGACCUCCUGUCCUCCAGCCCUGAGAGCCAGCACGGGGGCACCAAGGCCUCGGUGGGGCAGCCCCUCCUGCAGCCCACCAAGGCGGACGCCAAGGACGGGCUGAAGCCGAAAGCCGUGCAGCUGAUCGAGAAGGACCCCUACGAGAAGCCCGAGCACAUCCGGCGGCUCCUGUCGGAGCUGGAGCGCUUCCAGGACGUGGUGGCCGGCCUCGAGAAGCCGGCCCCUUCCUCCGGGAGCGCUAACGAGCUGGACGGCAUCUGGAAGGAGCUGCAGGAUGCCCAGGAGAAAGACGCCCGCCAGCUCUCCAUCGCCAUCGCCCGCUGCUACUCCAUGAAGAACCGCCACCAGGACAUUAUGCCCUACGACAAGAACCGCAUCGUCCUGCAGUCGGGCAAGGACGACUACAUCAACGCCAGCCGCAUCGAAGACCUCUCCUCCUACUGCCCCGCCAUCAUCGCCACGCAGGCCCCGCUGGUGGGCACGGCCUCCGACUUCUGGCUCAUGAUCUACGAGCAGAAAGUGUCCGUCGUCGUCAUGCUGGUUUCCGAGCAGGAGAUCGAGAAACAAAAGGUUGUCCGCUACUUCCCCACGGAGCGGGGCCAGCCCAUGGUGCACGGCCUCCUCACCCUGGUCCUCACCAGCGUGAAGGCCACCCCGACACACGUGGAACGCAUGAUCACGCUCCAGUUCCGAGACCAGAGCCUGAAGCGCACCGUCAUCCACCUCCAGUUCUCCUCCUGGCCGGAGCUUGGCCUCCCGGACAGCAAAGGGGACCUGCUCCGCUUCAUUCAGGAGGUACACAGCCAUUACCUCCACCAGCGGCCGCUACACACCCCCAUCGUCGUCCAUUGCAGCUCUGGCGUGGGCCGCACCGGCGCCUUCUGCCUCUUGUAUGCCGCCAUGCAGGAAGUGGAGGCCGGCAACAGCAUCCCAGACUUGCCCCAGCUGGUGAAGAAGAUCCGCCAGCAGAGGAAGCACAUGCUGCAGGAAAAGCUCCACCUCAGGUUCUGCUACGAGUCUCUUCUGAAGCAUGCCAAGCAAGUGCUGCAGAGACACGGGGUCACGGCGCCCUCCGCCAGCAAGCCUGCCAGCAGCGCUGCCCAGAAGCCCUAUAUCCACCAGGACCCUCAAGAUCUGGUGUUGGGUGCCGACAUGCCCAUCAGCUCCAUCCAGGCCACCAUCGCCAAGCUCAGCAUCAGGCCUCCCUUGGGAGGGGCAGAGCCCUCGUCCGCCAACGGGCAGCAGCUGGAGCCCCUGCCCUUGAGCGUCCCAGCGCCCCCUGCCGGCCCCCCUCAGAGCGCCUUUGCCGAUCUCGGCUGCCCCGUUCCCAGCACAGAGCCGGCCCCUGCGCUCUCCCCGCCAGCCACCCCUGCACCAGCGGAGCCUGAGGCUGCUGGAUGCUGCGCAGCCGAGAACAGCAACCAUCUGGAAGAGGAGAGUCAGGAAGAGAGCGAAGUCCCGCCGGCGCCUCCUGGGGCAGAGCCUUCCCCGGCCGCGGCCCCAUCCUCCUCUUCCUUGGAGCUCCUGGCCUCGCUGACCCCCGAGGCCUUCACGCUGGACAACAGCCUCAAGGGCAGGCACAAGGUGAGCAAGCAGAGCUUCCUUCAGCCCCAGAACGGGGAAGGCCUCCGCGGCACCCGCCCCAGCGACGACCCCCUCAGCAUGCUGGACCCGCUGUGGACACUCAACAAGACAUGAGAGGAAGGAGGGCAUCACACCGACCCGAGACUCUGCUGCUGCUGCUGCCGCCAAUACCACCACUGAUGCAUUUUGAGGACUAGAAACUUGGGAGGGCGAGGGAGGAAAGGUGGCUGGUUCGCACUCCUCAGCAUGCAGCUUUUCCAGCUCAAGACUGGCCACAGCCAGGAAGCCUCUGCUGCGCCAGGAGCCAUGCAGUGCCCACUCGCCUCGCGUCCUUUCCCCCCCCUCUCCUCAUACUUCUUAGAAGACGGUUUCCCACCGGCUGUGUCUGAACGGCUGGAGGCGUGCAAGAAGAUUUUUCUGAGCCGGUUGUUCCUUUCUCCCACUUUGUGCCUGCCUCCAAGUGCCAUGGGAAGGAAGGAAUAUGUAAGUGGGCCUUUGGAGGGGCAGGAAUCAUGGGAGGUGGUUUGGACGGAGCGGGACGUGUGUUUUGAUUUUCACUGCGGACAUUGGUGGUUACCCAGCUGGAGAAUCCCCCGAGGUGAUUUUCCAGACCAGGAGGAGGUUUUGAAACACAGCCAGGGUAACGCUUUCCCGGGUGGAUUAGUUCCCUGCAUCUUCAGCUAAAGGGCUUCAACCCCCACCCCCUGCUGCCACCCUUGGUGUUCCCCAAGGCUUUGAGAUGUAGCACUUCAGGGCUGCCACGUCCUCCUCCUGCUCCUUAAACUGCCUCUGGCAAGACUCCCUUUUGCUCCUGUCUACUGACUUCCACUCUGAAUGGGGUAUCCAAGACCAACCAACCCCCUUUGAGCUGGCGAGAGCCCAUUUGGGACCAGGCAGCUACAUUUGAUCGGCUUGCAUGAAAGGUCUGUGGAGUGUCUUUUUAGCUGCAAGGUGAAGGCGCAGGAGACGUGCUUUCUCAGCAACCUCCAAAGCUGCUCCCAUGUCUUGCCGGCUCCACCUUUUGUUUCUUGUUCGGCCAGGCCGGUUGCAUUUUGUUGCCCUUACAUUCCAGCUAGGGAUCCCCGUCUUGGAAUCAGCUCAGAGGCCGUGUCAAGUCACCCAGCAGCCUUGGAGCGGUGAUUGACAAGACUGAGCUGUUCACCAAAAAAACGCCUAAGUCCCUUUAUGUGGUUAAUUUGGAUCAUCCGUGUGCCUGAUGGUCUUUUACAAAGGUGCAAGUGCUGUGCCUCCUGUGCCCGAAGGACAGGUGAUGGCAUCAAACAUAAGGAGUAACCCUGCAGCACUGUGAGGUCUGGGCAGUAAAGGAGAACUGUGCGUUAACUGAGCCAACUUGGGUCCUUGCAGGGGUGUGCUUCCUUAACAAUGCUGUCCGACUGUGGCCAGAUGAAGGCAGAUCAUUAAAUGAAUGGGAAUGCUUAAAUGUCCAUUUCCCCCCCUAAGCAUUUGCUCUUUCCAUCAGCUCCCUCAGUUUAAAGGACCAUCUUCAUGAGUGGCUGGAAGGCAGGAGGGUUAAGGUGGGAGAGGGGCCAGGUCUUGGUGGGUUUCUGGGUUGUUGUUUUUUUGCUUUGUACAAAUGUAACAUUGUCGUCAUGUUUGGACUUACUCUGUAAUUUAGAACAAACUUUUUUCAGCUCUUUGCUACUAAAAUAAAUAAACGGGAGUGUUGCAGAAGGAUCCAUUGUUAGGAUUUUUGUCAAAAGCAGCGGAGGGGGCUGAAUUUCAGUUUGCAAGUAUCCAAAUAUAGCAAUGUAACUUUUUGGCAUUAAGAUAAUUAAUUUGCAGAAGUGUUUUAUGAUUGGGGGGGUUGAGCAGCUGCUGGGCCUUAAGAUACGUUAGCAGCAUGCAAUAGAAAGCAAUGCCUUUUCUCUUUAUCUAUUUUGGCUUUUUUUUUUAAACUAAGUUGCCCACAAAAAUUGUAUGCAAGGUGUACCACUUGCUUUUUAUAAGGUUUGCAUUAAAGUGAGCUACACAAAGAGAACCGUU